AUGGCCGUGUCACGGCAGACAGGGUGGAUCGCCGCUGGCCUCCUCGCGCGCCUGCUCAUGGUGGCCGUCCUGCUCAUGUCCGUGCGCUUCGUUCUGUCCAACUACAUCCACUGGGACCAUACACAGGGCAUCUACAAGCUCCAGAGCUACACGUAUGUGGUCGCGUCGGCCGUCGUGGGGGCGGCGGGGAGCGUGCUGCAGAUACCCGUCGCCAUGUACCUGCUGUGCAAGAGCAAAAGGGCGAUACCCAGCGCCAUGAUCCUCGACAUCAGCAUGCACGCCGACAUAGUAAGCUGCUGCUCUGCGGGGUCGGCGGCGGCCGGGUUUGGCGCGACCAACGACGUUCUGCGCUACGUCCGGGCGAGCAAAUGGGAAGGCAGGCAGCAAGAGGAGCAGGCUCUCAUUAACUACUACAACAGGGCGAUCGUCCCAGUCGUGUUCCUCCUCGUGGGCAUGGUCCUCUCCAUCUGCGCCACCGUCGUCUCCGCCAGGCUCCGCGCCAGGGCGAUAAAUGAUUCUGAAGUUGGAGCCUGA